AUGGCGUCUGCUGAUCUGAGACAGGAGCUGGACUGUUCCAUCUGCCUGAGCAUUUAUACAGACCCUGUAACCUUGAGAUGUGGCCACAACUUCUGCCGGAGCUGUAUAGAUUGUGUGCUGGAUGCACAGGUGGGGUCUGGAGUGUAUCGCUGUCCUGAAUGCAGAGCAGAGAGUCAGGAGCGUCCUGCUCUGGAGAAAAACAGGAAGCUCUGCAACAUAGCAGAACAUGUCCGCUGUAUUCCAGAGAAGGGAAGGGAAGAAGUGUUCUGCACUUACUGUCUCCUAUCUCCAGUGCCUGCUCUUAAAUCCUGCCUAAAUUGUGAAGCUUCUCUCUGUGAUAUACAUUGGAAGACGCACAGCAAAUCAGCAGAACAUGUCUUUAUUGAUCCCAUCACUUUCCUAGAGAACAGGAAAUGCUCCGUCCAUAAGAAGGUCCUGGAGUAUUACUGCACAGAGGACUCUGUCUGUAUCUGUGUGUUCUGCUAUCUGAUCGGGGAACACAGAGGACAUCAGAUGGUGUCACUGGAUGAGGCCUCAGACAAGAAGAAGCAGAAGCUGGGAAAUGUUCUGCAGAACUUGACUGUAAAGAAAGUGGAGACUGAGAAAAGAGCCCAGAGUCUGCAGGAGCGCAGGAGAGAAGAUCAGAGAAAAGCAGCGGAUAUAACAGAGACAGUCAAUGCCCUGUUUGGAGAUAUUAGAAGACAGCUGGAGGACCUGGAGAAGAGAGUGCAAUGUAAGAUCUCCAGAUGGGAGGAGCGCAUUUCACUCUCAGUCUCUGAUCUGAUUCAGCAGCUGGAAAUAAAGAAGGACGAGCUGUCCAGGAAGAUGCGUCACAUUGAGGAGCUGUGUAAAAUGUCUGAUCCAUGGACUGUCUUACAGGACCCAGACACAGGUGACUUUUGUGAUACUGAGGAGCUGUGUAACAUGUCUGACCCAGUGACUGUCUUACAGGAACCAGACACAGGAGACUUGUGUGAUACUGAGGAGCUGUGUAACAUGUCUGAUCCAUGGACUGUCUUACAGGACCCAGACACAGGUGACUUGUGUGAUACUGAGGAGCUGUGUAACAUGUCUGAUCCAGUGACUGUCUUACAGGAACCAGACACAGGAGACUUGUGUGAUACUCAGGACACAGAAAGACAUGAUAACCAGGUCCGUGGUGCAGGAGAUCUGGAUGUGGGUCUCAUCUCAGGGACAUUACACACAUUAUCUGAUAUAAUAACAGGUAUAAAUACAGGGAUCUAUGUGCAGCAACCUACAGACAUAUUACUGGAUGUAACCACAGCUGCUAAUGAUAUACAAAUAUCAGAUGACCUGAAAACGACAUCCUGGUCACAUAUAUACCAGAAUCACCCAGUAACACCAGAGAGAUUUCAGUUUAAUCAGGUAAUUAGCACCAGGGGAUUCUCCUCAGGGCAACAUUACUGGGAAGUGGAUGUCAGUAAAUCCGGGAGCUGGAGGGUGGGGAUGUGUUAUUCCAGCAUAGACAGGAGUGGAUAUAAGUCACGUAUUGGUGAUAAUGACAAGUCCUGGUGUUUGUGUAUGAGGUAUAAUAAUCAGUACUCGGUGAUACAUGGCUGUAGAGAGAUCUGGUUACCUGGCAAUGUCCCCUGUGACAGAGUGAGGGUAUAUCUGGAUUAUGAGGCAGGACAGCUGUCCUUUUAUUCUCUGUGUGACCCCAUCAGACACUUACACACCUACACUGCCGCCCUCACUGAGCCCCUCCAUGCUGCAUUAUGGGUAUGGAGAUGUUGUAUAAAGAUAUCUGGGGAGUCAGGAGAUGGCUGACGCAAUCAAAAGAAAUCUGCCCAGAAACAGGUGACAUCACUGGGAAUCUGUCUGAUUGGCGAAACACUUUUCCAAUAUAAUUAAGCAGUGGGUGGAGCUAUAGCUACACCCCUCAUGUAUUGUGUAAUCAGAGGGCAUAUUAGGGAUGUCCAUCAAAGGGUUCAUGGAUGGUCUCCAUUAAUGGUGCCAUCAGUGAUUUGCAUUGAUGGCAGAAAACCAUCAAAGGAUCCUUUUGAAUCAUCGAUGAGCAUCCCAGCUGUGGGUGAUGGGAAGGUAGUGUUCCAACCAGGGAAGGAGGCAGCUAAAAAGCACAACAGGUGUAGGGGGGGAAUAAGUGCCCUGCGUUGGGAAAGAGAUUACAUGGCAUCACCGCCAUCACUGGCAGACAACCACCAAACAUCUGCCAUUGAUGGCAAACCAGCUAUCAUCAAAUGACCAUCCCUAGUACUAAGUAGCUAUCUUUUGGUAGGGUUAAAAUCACCACACAUCGGGCCUAAUUCAGAGAUUUGUGCAAACUUGAUGGUUUACGUACAUCUCCGAUGGUGUGAUAUAUCAUGCGCAGAUGCAGAUCUCAUUAUUGGAUGUACAGACCUUUUACAAUCUCCCUUGAUGCACUUAAUGAGGCGAUAGAACUCAACAGUGACAUAUAGGCAAUAUGAGAUAGGGGACUUGAUGGGGAUUUAGGAACUGUGUGGUUCCAUCAUUCCCACCCUUUUUUCAUGCUCCCUAAAUGUUUUCCUUUAAAAUGCAUAAACCCUUGGUGUAUAUGUAGUCCUCUGCUCUAACCCCCCCCCCCCCCCCCUCGCCUUUUCCAGUCGAAUUCGGGUCAGGAUUUUUGCCUUAUUUACUAUUUACAUUGUUUAUAAUUACCCCAGUACUAUCGGGGAUAUCUUUGCAGAGGAUUAUAGAUGUGUGCCUAUGUACUCAUAUUAUUGAUGGGGGGAUGGGAUUGAAAUGCCAGCUGAUGGAUGCCGGCAGUGAGAAUACUGACCGCGGCAUCCCGAUGAUCAGAAUCCCGACAGAGGAAGGUAAGUAUACUUACCUUCCCCCAAUGGCCCCUUGACCCUAACCCUACCUCCCCGCAGCCUAACCCCUCCUAACCAUCACGAUGGUGCCUAAACCAAACCUUCCCCCUCUCUGCAGCCUAACCGUAACCUUCGCCAGGGGUGCCUGAACCUUAUUCCCCCUCCCCGCAGCCUAACCUUAACCCUCAACCUGCAGCCUAACCAUAACCUCCCCUUCCCCCUAUCCGCAACUUAACUCUCCGGCAGUGUAUCGAUCGGGAUUCUGAGUGUCUGAAUGCCAGCGUUGGUAUUUUGACAGCCAGGAUCCCGACCGCUGGUAAAGUGACCGGAUCCCCUUGUGGAUAUUUGUAAGUGUUUUGAUUUGUGUAAUGUGAACAUGGGAAAAUAUAGAUAAAUUCAGUGAUGCUAGAUUUAUAUUGUGAUUGUGAAUCAUAUACUAUC